AGCAGAAACCUGCGGCACCUGCCGUGCGUGGUGCGCAACACGGGCGAGGAGGGCAUCUGUAUGUUCGCCAUCGACUGCUUCAAAUCGAACGGCACGCACCUGGGCGUGUGCAUCGACAAGAUCUUCUUCGGUUCCUGCUGCCAAGUGAACGACGACCGGUUACUGUUCGAUCCCGACAUAACGGAUAACAGUAUAGACCACAACUCGGUCGUCAACUUCCAGCACUUCCCGCAACAGUCUGUGAUGAAUACGAACCGCAAGCCGCCGCUCACCGAGACGCGGCUGCCAACGACCCCCGCCGGGAACGGCACCAAGUACGAGCUGGUGAGUAGCUCCUCGACCACCACCACCAGCCGGACGACACCGAAACACGCGAACCGCAGAACAACGGCCCCGGCCACCACCACGAAGCGGCCGCUGAAGGUGCAACAGAAGGACGACGUGCAGACGACGACCGAGUACCAGGAGUUCACCACGUUCCAGUACGUGCAGAGCAGCAAGAAUCCUGGCCGGCCACCUCCGAUGACCGCCAGUAGGAGACCCCCGGGACGUCCGACCAGUGCUGCCAGCAGCAGCAGCACAACGGCGGCGGCCACCACCACCACGAAGCCGUACAAACACCGUCGCCCGGUGGCGAACAAAACGACCACACGAGUCCCAGCUCCACAAGCGACCAGCACGGAUCCGCCGCCAACACUGCUGCCCUCGACGACCCGCCGAGUGCCGGCCGUGCCGUCCAGUCAAGCGACGCGCCUUCCGACCACCACGAUCGUGUCACGCAAACCGCCCAGCACGCUGGCGUCGGCGCAGACCACGUUUGCAUCGCGCAGACCAACCACGACACCCGGAACGACGGCCCAGACCCAGUCCCCACCGACCAAGUCCGACUCGACAACGGCUCCGUCUCGCCGGCCGCCGACAACGACCGCCUCCUUUGUGCCUCUGACGAGACCCACGACGAACCGCAAGCGACCGACCGUGACGACUUUGGCGGACAUUCCAGACACGACGACACGGGUACCACGGCCUAGACCGAGGCCAACUUCGCACGUGGCGACAGUUCCUGCGACUUCCCUAGAUCACUUGAUCGAAACACACCCCUCGACGGAGUCCGAAGCGGUGGUUAACCGAUCGACCUAUCCCUCUACGACGGACAGGAUCACCGAGGACACGACACCGACCCCGACACCGACUCCUUCGACUUCGACAAAGACACAGCUCGCCUCGCUGGCUUCCUCUACGGUGAAAGCUCCACCGGCUCCGGUUGCGUUCGGGAGCCCGGAAGAUUUGGCCACCCUUGCCCGACCCGGCCUCCUCACCUGGAGCAGUAUCCUGGAGGAUGCUACGACUGAGCGGCCCAGUGUGAAUCAAGGUAGGUCCAGCCCCACCACGUCCAACAGCUGGAUACUCAUACAGACACUAACCCCGGAAGAGGUCAUUGUUGCCAGUAAUCUCACUAACCAGCAUGAACCAUCCCCAUCAACCCAAGCGGCUCCACCGGCGGCCUCGGUGGAGGUGUCGUUCGCGCAAGACACCAAACUCCCGAUCGAGUCGCUGCUCCCGGAGUCGGCCUACGUCUACGACACGGUCCAGGAGGACAGCGGCAACCAAACGGCAGCGACUCCCGACGAACUGAUGGUUCACUCGCAGGUGACGGCCAUGCUGAGCAAGACGACCCCGUCGGUCAGCCCGCCAGAAACCGUGGCAGUGACUGACCAGCCACCGUCAAGCAGCACCACCCGGAGUUCGACGGAGUCGAGCGAGGUGCAGAAGCCCAUCGAAACGACAUUAGCGUCAACGACUUCACCAACCGGGCCCUGUACAUCCUCCGCCGCACCGACACUAACGACCAGUGACACGGCGGCGACGGCGGCGGUGGCGAGCGUAUCCGAACCGACAUCCUCCUCAUCAUCCUCAUCACCAUCAUCAUCUCCAUCAUCAUCAUCUAGCGAGGAAUCUGGAUCUCCGUCGAGGCAGCCCAUCUCGUCCACGACCACGGAAUCGCUCGGUAGCCGCGAAACGACCACAUCGGUGGACGAACUGACCGAGGGCACGACCGAGACGAGCGGCGAAGAAGAGGAGGAAGGCAGUGGUAGCGAGGAAGAAGCGAGUGAAGAAGGUGAGGAAGAAGAAGAGGCCGGAGAGAGUAGUACCGAGGGCAGUGAAGAGACGACCGAUACGACAACGGCGACAUCACCGACGACGGUAACAUACGUCAUCGGAAGCGCGGAAGAGCAGCACAAAGUGACGAACGAGAGCACGCCAGCGCCUACUCCACCUGCUGCGCCGCCCAGCGGUGUGUCCUCGACCUCCGGGGUGGUACCGACGGCCUCCACCUUGUCACCGGUUACGAUCGCCAAUGUGACCAGUGCGACCGCAGGGCAGACCUCGCCAUCGCCGUCUACGUCCACCGAGCCGACCACCGGAAUGCCUGUCAAAUUCCCGGAUCAACCGGCAGCCAACCAGACAUCAUCACCGCCGACGACGCAGACCACCCCGUCGCUGACGACGCUGGCCAACAUUACCACCGACGGUGUGACGCUCGCACCGGACUUCCUGACCACGUCCACGCUGCCGUCGCUCGAGGGCAUCGAUUACCGAACAGUUUGCGGCAAAAGGAUGUUCCCGGAGCCGCGCAUCGUUGGCGGCACGAAGGCGGCCUUCGGACGGUGGCCGUGGCAGAUAUCGCUGCGUCAGUGGAGAACCUCGACCUAUCUGCACAAGUGUGGCGCUGCGCUACUCAACGAAAACUGGGCCAUCACGGCGGCGCACUGUGUGGACAAUGUGCCACCCUCGGACCUGCUGCUGCGCUUGGGCGAGUACGAUCUGGCACUCGAGGAAGAACCGUACGGCUACCAGGAGCGACGCGUGCAGAUUGUGGCCUCUCAUCCCCAGUUCGACCCGCGGACAUUCGAGUACGAUUUGGCACUGCUGAGAUUCUACGAACCCGUCGGCUUCCAACCGAACAUCAUCCCUGUGUGUGUGCCGGAGAAUGACGAAAACUUCAUCGGCCGGACUGCCUUCGUUACCGGCUGGGGUCGUCUCUACGAAGAUGGACCACUGCCGAGUGUCCUCCAGGAGGUCACCGUACCGGUGAUCGAGAACAAGAUCUGCGAAACGAUGUACCGGAGCGCGGGCUACAUUGAACACAUCCCUCACAUCUUUAUCUGUGCCGGCUGGAAGAAAGGAGGCUAUGACUCCUGUGAAGGGGAUUCCGGUGGUCCGAUGGUUAUCCAGCGCCCGGAUAAGCGGUUCCUGCUGGCCGGUGUCAUUUCGUGGGGCAUAGGCUGUGCCGAGCCGAACCAACCGGGCGUCUACACCCGGAUAUCCGAGUUCCGAGACUGGAUCAAUCAGAUACUACAGUUCUAG